GCCAAGCUCCUUGCGUGCCUGCAGCGUGUAUCAUGUGGUCUACAUUCUUACUUUUGGUUGCAUUAGAACACUGUUGCAGUGAGUUGCAAAUACGCUUCAGUGUUGGGGCUUGGUCCUUUGGGGUCGAAAGAGUGUAUUGUACUCAUACGUGCCCCAGACGCCUUCAAACGCUCAUCUUUGGCCAAUCCAAGGUCAUUGAACGAGCCGGGAAGCGAGAAGCGAAGCGCUCUCUCGUCAUCUUGGCAACGAAACCACGCCAACGCGCAGCUCCACUCGCCGCGGACCUCGAGAAGAGCGAAAAAAUACUAAAAGCGGACUUGCUGAGCCUUCCGGCACACAUUGGUCGUGCUCUGGGAGCUCCGUGGACCGGGCUGCUGCCACGCAACGAGUGUCACAGCGCCACCACCAGUGGCCGGGGCCCCCAGCCCGUUGUACCUUCCAGUCCCCCUCUCCCCCAAUGCUCAACACCUCGGCGGGGGCUGCCGCCCGCAUUCUAGCAGCCGCGGGGGCCGCGGGCCCCGCAUGCGGUGCCUCCGCGGCGGCCUCGGGCCUAGCUGCGCUGUCCACGGCUUCUUCCGGGCGCCUAGCCGCGGCCACUGGCAGCCACAGCCCCGCUGCCAACAGGGCUGAAGCCGGCGCGUGCCGGUGCAGCAGUGGCAGCGGCUGCGCUGCGUGCCGUGCCCCUGGCGGCGCCUCUCCUUCCGGCGCCCGGCCGACGCCCACAGGCGCGACCGGCGCCUCUAGCAGCGCCAGCACCAGCAGCAGCCGCGGCAGCCACGUGAUUUUGGGCACUGGGCCGCGACUGGGUGUGGCAACACGCGGUGGCAGUGGCCUGGCAGCGGCCCUGGCAGGCCUCGCCGCCUCCCCCAGCCCACUAGCUGCUACUGCCGCGGGCCUGCUAUCCCCCAGCUCCAUGCUACAGCCGGGCAGCACCAGCAGCAGUAGCUGGGGAGCGGCGCGGUGUGUGCAUGCGCCGGCCGCCGCCAGCCCGCCGCCUGACGGCGCCAGCACCGAUCAGCUGUCUCUGGCGGCGCUGGCGGCGGGGCUGUGGGAGGAGCUGUCGGGCGGGCGCGAUGAGGGCCUGACGCCGGCGGCCAUCGUGGCGGCUCUGGACAGACACAUCGUAGGCCAGGCCGCCGCCAAGCGCGCUGUGGCGGUGGCGCUGCGCAACCGCUGGCGGCGUCAGCGUGUGGAGCCGGCGGCGUUCAGGGACGAGAUCAUGCCCAAGAACAUUCUCAUGGUGGGCCCCACCGGCUGCGGCAAGACCGAGGUGGCCCGGCGCCUGGCCAAACUGGCGGACGCGCCCUUCGUCAAGGUCGAGGCCACCAAGUACACGGAGCUGGGCUACGUGGGCCGCGACGUGGAGGAGAUCGUCAAGGAGCUGGUGGAGGCGGCCCUGGUGCUGGUCAGGUCUCGCGCCAAGGAGCGCCUGGCAGUGGCCAGUGCGGCUCGGGCCGAGGAGGUCAUUGUGCGGGCGCUGGUGGGGCCGCACGCCGCGGCAGACAUCGUGGACAGCUUCCGCGAGAUGUACCGCCGGGGCGACCUGGACUCCCACACCGUGGACAUCGAGGCCUCACUGCUGGAGGGCGCAGGCGGCGGCGCGGGCGGCGCCGGCGGGCCCUUCGGUGGCGGCGGCCCCGGCGGCGGCGGCCGGAUGGAUCUGGGUCCGGGCUCUGUGAUCCUGCUGGACAAGCUGUUUGCGAGGCCGGGGCCGCCGGGCGGCGACCGGGCUGGGGGAGGAGGAGGAGGCGGACCGGGGAUGGGUGGCAUGGGCGGCGGCUUCGGCCCGGGCGGCGGCGGCCGCGGCGGCAGCGGGUACAAGAAGACGCUCAAGGUGUCUGAGGCGCGGUCCCGGCUGGAGGAGGCGGAGGCGGAGAAGCUGCUGAGCAGCGAGGCGGUGACGCGGGAGGCGCUGAGGGCGGCGGAGCAGGACGGCAUCGUGUUCAUCGACGAGAUUGACAAGAUCGUGGAGCCCAGCAGCGGCCGAGUGGUGUCGGGCGGCGUGAGCAGCGAGGGCGUGCAGCGCGACCUGCUGCCCAUCAUCGAGGGCUGCACCGUGCCCACCAAGCACGGCCCCGUGUCCACCGAGCACGUGCUGUUCAUCUGCUCCGGCGCCUUCCACACCGCCAAGCCCUCCGACAUGCUGGCGGAGCUGCAGGGCCGGCUGCCCAUCCGUGUGGAGCUGCAGGGCCUGACCGCCGCCGACUUCCACCGCAUCCUCACCGAGCCCGACAACAACAUGAUCCGCCAGCAGCAGGAGCUGCUGGGCACGGAGGGCGUGCGGCUCACCUUCACGGACGGGGCGGUGCGGGCCGCGGCCAGCCUGGCGGAGCAGGCCAACCGGCUGCUGGACAACAUCGGCGCGCGGCGGCUGCACACCAUCCUGGAGCGGGUGCUGGCGGAGAUCAGCUUCACAGCGCCGGAGCGGGCGGCGGAGGCGCGGGCCGCGGGGCUGGACGCGUUCGAGUACGUGGUGGACGAGGCCAUGGUGCACGCCCGCCUGGACGACCUGCUGAAGAAGCAGGACCUCAGCAGAUACGUGCUGUAGGGGGCUGGGGGCGGGCUGCAGGGGGGCACAGCGGCACACACGCACGGAGCUGCAGGAGAGGUCCAGCGCGCGCACACACACACGCACACACGCGGCGCUGGCGCGGGAGGGGCAGCGCACAUGGCGCUGGAGGGGACCGCGCGCGCAUGCCGCCGGCGGCUUGCAGCACGGCUGGAGCGGGGCGCACACGGCUGAGGCGGACGGGCUGUAGGAGGAGGAUGGGAGAUGGGGCCGGAGGGGAGGCGCUGGGAGGGCAGCUGCGGGCGGCUCCGCAGGCGGUGUCAGGAGUCCGGUCGGGGCGUAGGAGGUUGGAGCGCUGGAUGUUGGAGGGGAGGAGCUGGGAGCUCUGGAGGUGGAGCCGCGGUUGACGUAGGGGUGUGGGGAAUACGCUGGCGGGAUGGGAGGUACCGGUGGCGAGCUGGGGGCGGAGGGAGGACUGGGCGGGGGUACGGGAGCUGCCCAGGCGGGUCGGAGGCUAUGCACGCUGGCGGAUUGGCUGGAGGGUUGGUAGUUGCAUCGUGCGGGCGAGCAGCACAGGUUACAGUUUGUCAUGGCAGUGCGGGCGUGUCUGUGAAGCCUAGCAUACCAUACUGACGCAGGUUGUGGGUCGUGUAGAAUGUGGUUGGCGGCAACUACCGCGUUUAUGGAGCAUUUAGUUGGAGGGUACAUGGACUGCCGUGGUCACCACGGGGAGGGUCCGGGCUCUCAGGCAAACUAGGGUUGGGCUGCAUGCAAGCCGCCCACCAUGAAAUUUUGCGAGUACACGAGUGUCUGCUUCUGUGAAUGA